AUGGCGGAACGGCCGUGUAUUUUAGUUGCGGGCGUCACGCUGAGCCAGGCAGCGCGCUGCUACACCCCGCUGGACGCCCCACUGCAGAUCACGCUGGAGUACAGUGUGCUACGGCCCAUUGUAAACCCGGCGUGGGCGGUGGCGUUUGAGGCGGACAUUUCGUACAGGCGUCUUUUGGUGCCGCUGCUUCCACCCUCGCCGUGCUCGGAGUGCGGGUGCGCCGUCAACGCCGCCGCCGGCUCGCUUCAGCACACACCCUCUGACGGUGUCGCCACGCUGCAUCCAGGCGCGCCGUAUCGGCUGGAUGCGCGCCUCGACUCGCUGGCGCCCUCCACGGUGGAGGAGAAGUACAUGUUGCAGGUCGGUAUGCUGCGACUCAUGCUCUUCUCCGGAGGCGCGGAAGUGGGUGCGGUGAACUUCGUGGUGCAGGUAAAGAAAAGUGAGGACGGGGAACUAAUGCGGCUGAUCAUGAAUCCCACGCUCUGA